CAGACCAAGCUGCCGUUUCAGCCUGGAGGGCGGGCAGGCGGCUGCGGCGGCCCAACCCUCCCGCGGCGGCCCUUGGCUCCCCAGGCAGGCAUGGCGGCCUCCACUGCCUCGCACCGGCCGAUCAAGGGGAUACUGAAGAACAAAAGCUCCACUGGUUCCUCAGUGGCUGCCUCUGCCCAGCAGUCGGGAGGGACAAUACAGGAGGUCCAGAGAAAAAAGUCCCAGAAAUGGGACGAAUCCAACAUCCUGGCAACACACCGGCCUGCUUAUAGAGACUAUGACUUCAUGAAGAUCAACGAGCCCAGCAGCCCCUACUUCAGCCCGCAAGACGAUGGAGAAGAUCCACUGAAUGAUUCUGAAGCAAAGGAAGCCAUGACCCCAGACAACUUAGCCAAGAAAUUCGCCGCCAGUGGUACCUCGGAAUUGAACUGCCAGUUGGGAGAGCCGGAGAGUGACGGAGCACACAGCAGCAAGAUCCUUUUCGACAAGCAAGAAAAGCAGCGGCAGUUCGAAAUGAAAAGGAAACUACACUACAACGAAGGCCUGAACCUCAAGCUGGCUAGACAACUCAUCUCCAAAGACCUCCAACAUGAGAAAGACAAGGAUGACAACGAAGAAACUCUACAUGGUGACAAUAACGAAGACAACACUGCUGCGGAAGAAUCCAGUGAAGUUCCUACAAAUGACGAACUGCAAUCCCAGGCAUUCUGCACCUAGACAACAUUUGCUCUGCCCUGCUAUCGCUUGCCUUUCCCCAUACGAACUGCUAAGAACUACCGAACUGCUCCGAACUGCUCUGAACUGCACUGCUCUGAACUGCUCCGAGCUCUCCGAACUGCUGUUCCAACACUGCUGCUUGCUCUGUCGAGGCCAGGCUUCAAGUACUGAAAAUACCUAUCGAUUAAAAACUGUACCUCCAUAAUUCAAUGGUGAACUUAGAAAAUAAUACACUAACGGCAA